AUGGAAAGGCAAUCUGAAUGCCCCGCGUGGGGAUAUUUCUGGUCGUACUGCGACCUUGUUCCGGAGCGCCACCUGCUCAAGCGGACACACGGGAGGAUGAUCCACACGAAGGCCCUCCUACUUCGACAUUUUGGGCGGUCUAUCUUUCCGUCAUGGCAGUUGCUCUGCACUGGAAAUCGGUCUCGAGUUUUCUCUUCCCAGACUCGGAUUUGCGGUGACUCCCCCGCUUUGGUGGAUAGCGCUGAGUCCAGACGCGUCGCGUCGUACGCACCCAAGUGCGAGGCCCCAGGAGGCUCUUUCGCGUCGGCUGGCGGCUCGUCAGGCUCCGCUGACGGCGAAAGCCUUUCGAGGAAGGUGCGAGCGUCAUCUUUGGAAGAGACAACUGGAGAUGAGAACGCAGCCUGUCCCCCGUCUACGUCGAGAGCCUGUGAGCGUCAAGCAGGACUGCUGUCGCCCAGCAACGGCCCGAUUGCACCGCUUCGUCCCUGGAGCUUCCCCAGGGACUGCGCUGCAUAUUGGGCUCUGUCGAAGGGUCGCCUGAGUGUGUGGGUAGCACUUUCCACUCUCGCUGGCUACGGGGGUGGGAUCCAGGCUCUGCCCGACUUCUGGACGGGUCUUGCGGCGGGUGCAGACAGCGGCGUGGGCUCCACUGGUCUGCUCCUGCUCCAGGAAGCUGCAGAAUCUGGCGCCUCGACAGGGGCGGCCAGUGCGUUGGCGGCGGUCGUGUCCGGGGUAACAGCGGCGCAACUUGCGGCAUCCGUCGGGGCGUUGUUCGCGGGGGUCUUUGGAAGUUCUGCUGCGGCGAAUGCACUGAAUCAACUCUACGAGCGGAAGCUAGAUAGUUUGAUGAAGCGUACACGACACCGCCCAGUUGCAAGCGGUUACCUCUCACCUCCUGCUUGUGCCGCUUUCGCGGCACUGUCGGCUGUGGCGGGAGUCUCGCUGCUGUCUGCGCACUUCCCUAACAUGACGGCUGCCGCCUUGGCCACCUUCAACAUUGCCCUCUACGCGGGAGUGUACACACCUCUGAAGACGAAGAAUCCGUAUAGCACUCACGUUGGCGCGGUUGUAGGCGCCAUUCCCUUGUUGAUUGGUUGGAGCGCUGCUGGAGGCUCCCUGGCGUGCUUGCAUCCAUGGAUUUUAUUCGCGCUGCAGUACCUGUGGCAGUUUCCACACUUCUACAUGCUCUGCUGGCUUCACCGGGCAGAUUACCAGCGCGGCGGAUACAAAAUGUUUGGUGUCACGGACGACAAGCACGCGGUACAAACCAAGUUUCUUUGUCGGCGAUACUUGGGUGCCCUUCUUCUCACUCCCUUGCAAAUGCCUUUAUCGCGCAGUCUUUUCGACGGUUCUGUGCCCGUCCUGAGAAGGCGAGCGGGAGGCAUUUCUUUCUUCACUCCCUGUGGCAUAUUAUGCUUCUACUCGGACUUGCCGUCUACCACAUGA